AUGGCGAUGUGUACUUAUAACGCACCUACGCUUGUUUUGGAGGAGACCAUUGAAGAUCUAAUGAUGCAAGCCAGGAAUAUUAAGUACGGCGUCAUCGGACUGACUGAAACGAUGUUACCCACUCAACGCCGGGCGCAGCUGGAACAGGAAGGUGUAAACCUGAAUGGAUCCUACAUGGGGAAGAAGGAACCUUUGAAGUUCUCGACCAAGACGUAUACACUACCACGCAAGAACGAGUCCAGGAAAUGGUCAAACAACAACAAUUCAGCAAAGACUUCAACAGAAACGUCUCCCGCGCAGCUCAACGGAACUCGAGACCCUAUACGACAUCGAAUAAGCCAAACCGCAGUAGGAAAGAAGACCUCGCCUAGGAUUGUGCAAGCCACGGAUGUCGACAAUGUGACAAAAAUUGGCACCACCACCAACGACAAGUGCAGCGACAUCAAACCAGAUUACCAAACUCUUACGGUGACGUGUACCGUCUGCCCUCAGGAAGAGGGAACUAGGACGGAUAUCCCCAGGCAACCGGGAAGGAAAAUUCAAACAGGCGCAAAUAAGUCAGAUCACCAAACCUAUCGAAUACAUUACGACAUCAUCGAACUGACCGAGAGUAGGCGACGCCACUCACUGAGCGCUAUGUACGACACUGGAGAAGAACUGUUCUUAGGAACAUGCGACAAUAAAGGAGUUCGUGGAGUUGGCGUCCUCAAGACGAAAAUGGCAAACAUCUUCGCUACUGUAACCGACGAGGAAAGCGAAGAGUUUCAAACCACCAAGAGACGCCUGUCUCCAAAAACUCUAGAGGUGAUACGUCAGCGUGGAGCUACACCAGCUGCAGGCAACCAAGAACUCACGUCUGAGCUCGCAAAGCUUUGCAGAGAGGCAGUAAAAGAAGACCUCAAAGAGAGAAGGGCAGGUAUGUUGGCUGAAGCUGCAGAGGCGGGACAGAGCAUUCGUUACGCCCGUCGGAACUUCGCCAAUCAUAAAACAACCCCAGAUGGAACAACUACGGCAUCGGGAAGGGGUAUGGAAAAGAUCAUUCAUGAAUCCUACUCAGAUCUCUUCGACAGCCACGUCCACGUGCCUUCUCACCAUCUGAGGGAAAAUGGACAUGUCAUUCCAAAGAUCCUCUCUUCCAUAGUCAGACAUGCCAUCAUGUGCAUGAAGAAUCAUGCUUCACCCGGUCUCGACAGAAUCAAGCCUGAACAUCUGAAGUACCUACCGCCAGUCCACCUCAACACACUGGCGAGGCUCUUCACUCGUUAUUUGUCAAAUGCAAGAUUCCUAAGCGAUGGAAAACCAGCAAGAUCUUGCUGUUGUAUAAGAAGUGCCGCUCUCGAGAACUUGAUGCGAGGAAUGGAAUGGGAUGACAUGGGAGUGAAAGUUGACAGGAUGCAUUUACACUAUCUUCGUUUUGCUGAUGACAUCGUUCUUAUGACAACAAGCAUCAAUCAGGCGGAACGGAUGCUGGCGGAAUUUUCUGAAAUGUGUAGAAGGAUCGGUCUUCAGCUAAACCCAGACAAAACGACGUUUGUGAAGAACAGAUGGCUAUGUAUAUCUAUGUCGGGAAAUCAAGAUGAUGAACGACCUGACCUCCGAGCUGAGCAGAAGGAUACGAGCGGCUUUGAGAGGAUUCAAGAGCAUCGAGGAUGUGGCGGUAUAAUCGAGAUCACCCCAAGCACCAGAAGGAAAACCCUUCAUUAUAUACCACACCAAGCGGACAUCACAGUACAGAAAGAGGCAACGGAGAUGCGUAUCGUGUUUGAGGCUCCCUUCCACUUCAAAAAGGCACCAUCACCUGAUGAUGUUCUUGCCACCCAACUUGGACCACCCAAUUUGCCAGAAAUUUACGCAGUUUUAGCUCGGUCUCAAACAAGUCGUUACAACAUCAGUAACCAUCACCUACUGACACAUGUUGGCGAUCAUCAGCUAGCAGGUGAAAUUCGCGAGGAUCAUUAUGUCGACAACCUCGCCGUUAACUCCACUUAUGAACUCCGAGAUGAAGCACUUCGCUCCCGUCAUAUCUUCAGUGAUAUCAACAUAAACCUUCGACAGUUGCUUUCAAACGAUACCGCUUUACAAAACGGGCCUCCAGAAGAAGCGCACCCAAAGCCCUUCCUAGAAGAAUGGAGAAACGCGAAUCGACAGACGACCAACAAUGGACACCCCACCAAAACGGCAUCACGAAAUGCACAAGAGCAGUCCAAUGUCCCAAGAAAGAGGCCCCUUGAUCACAACAAUCGUGCACUGCUGCCAACGGCCCAAGCGCUCGAGGAUUCUGACAAGAAUAUCUCAGUUAAGAUGGAUUGA